CCAGGAUCGAUCACCAUACUGUCUCUCCCUGUCCAGGUAGAGAUGCUCAGCCACUACGAAGCUUCAAAGUUACCAUGCGAUUGUGAAUAUAAAGGAGCGAACCACCCCACUGCUCUGGGUUCAAUAUCAUUUUCAUCCAUCAUCAACUCAACUCAGUCACUCCUUACCCUUUCUCAAGCCUUACCUUACAACUCUGUCACUACCCUCACAACUCUGUCACUACCCUCACAAAUCUGUCACUACCCUUACUACAACUCUAUCACUACCUGAAAUCAUGGCGCGCAUUACCACCUCUACCUUCGCUCUACUCGUCCUCAACCUCUGGACUCUUUGCUGCAAUGCCCAAUAUAGGGUGUGGCGCGCCGACACCAGGGCGCCAAUCGACAUGGAAGCCUCGGAUCGGUUUGCUCCGAGGGGAGCGAGCAUGAUCCUUCAAAUUAUGCCAAAUCUUAGCUUGUGGAACCAUGUACACGGCGCUCUCACCGGCGGAAGUCGGAUGGAUGACGGCUAUGUGUCAACCACAAAUAGCCAGGAGACCGCUAUUGCGUUCCUUAGGACCUUCCAUAACGGCAAUGGCUACAUCUAUGAGAUAGCCGCGACGGCCCAAUUCAUCGAUGUCGCAGCCACCCUUGGACGAUAUAACCCUUAUCCGGAGGAGAGAGAGUUCGCUGCACUCGGCGGCUUCCAAUGGGACCAGGUCGUUCGCCACACACGCUACGUGAACGGGGUACCCGUGGAACCCGCUCAGGAGAACAAUUCAUACAAUGACGACGUGUAUAAUCAUUCUCAGCCGACAAUGGGCGAACCCGAGCUCGCCGGCUUCCCUGAAACUCAUGAAGCCUGGGGCCUGCAUCCUUGGAAUGCAUUUGCCCUCGGCGGCCCCAAUUGUGCUGGCGGUAGAAAGGUGCGCUCCCUUGAGAACCGCGCGGGCGGCUCGAUCUACCACGACGGAAGAUGCCACCCCAUCAAUAGUGCCUACAAAGCUGCGAACCUCUGGAAGGCCAAGGUAUGCGAUCAGCAGAAGAAGUGCGGCUAAACGUCCCGGGUCGGCCACGGUGCUUGAGCUUGUUGCGUCGGCAGGGAUGUUAGCAUCCAGCCAUGUUUUUCGAAGUAGUACUGGAAUUUUUACACUACCGUCUAUGCGAUCUGGUUUGAGCCUCAUGACUCCAUAGCGUUUAGAUAGACACAGAGUGAUGGGGUGGGAGCUUUUAAGGAGAGGGGAGAAGAGGAAGUCACAUAGGGCUGGUGUUAGCUUCGCCACAUUGUCAUUUUUUUCUUCAACCAUGUACAUAGCUUUUCCGCCUACAUCAUCCAUCUUGUUCACUUGUUUAACCAUA